CUACAAAAUAUUGUUUCUUAUUUUUAUAAUCUACUAUAUGCUGCUAAAUAGUUUUGUUAUAUUAAUAAAUUAAUAAUUAAAAACUAAUAAUCAAACCUUUUAAGGCAUUUUAGGUUUUAUGAUAUUUCAUUUUUGGUAGUCAGGAUGUCUGAGAGAAAAGUAUUAAAUAAGUAUUAUCCACCAGAUUUUGAUCCUUCAAAAAUUCCACGCAUGAAACUUCCAAAAAAUCGACAAUAUACUGUGCGCCUUAUGGCACCAUUUAAUAUGAGAUGUAAAACUUGUGGCGAGUAUAUAUACAAAGGAAAGAAAUUUAAUGCUCGUAAAGAAGAUGCAGAAAAUGAAGAUUAUUUAGGAAUACGUAUUUAUAGGUUUUACAUAAAAUGUACACGUUGCUUACAAGAAAUUUCUUUUAAAACCGACCCACAAAAUACAGAUUAUGAAAUAGAAGAAGGAGCUACGCGAAAUUUUAUGGCUUUAAAACUUGCACAAGAACAAGAAAAGAGAGAAGUAGAUGCUGAAAAGGAAGAAGAAGCUACAAAUCCAAUGAAGUUAUUGGAAAAUCGUACUCAACAAUCUAAACAGGAAAUUGAAUUAAUGGAGUCCUUGGAAGAGUUGAGAGAUUUGAAUAGACGACAAGGUAAUGUAGAUUAUGAUACAAUGUUAUUGAAAUAUAACCCUGCUGAGUUAAAAGAACAAAUUAAGCGUUUACAAGAGGAAGAAGAUGAAAAAACAGUUCAGAAUUUACUGGGUAUGAAGCGCAAGAUUGAUAAUGAUGUAGUUGAACCAUUGGAUGUUGAAAAUACUAAGAGCAAUAAUAAAAAGAUUGAUUUACUGACUUCAGUGAUACAACCUAGUGCAAAAAAAAAAGUGUCUAAACUUAAUUUAUUGAACUUGGUUAAAAUUAAUAAUGUAAGUACCAGUAAGCAGAAAGAGUCGGGUAAUUCAUUGUCAUUGAUUGGAAAUUAUUCCAGUAGUGAUGAUUCAAAUUAAAAAAACUUUGAAUUAAAUUUUCAAUUUAAUUAAAUCUUAUAUGUUAUAAGUUAUGGCUUUU